AUGGGUCAAUUGUUUUUCAGGCUUCAUGUCAAGUCAUGUCGAUUGCUCGGAACCAUCAAGACACAUCGAAAGAUGAGAGGAGGUUCAAGCAACAGCAGUAGAAACGGAGAAUGGGACAGCCUGCCUCUAACGGUUGCCUUUCUGAUUCUUGAUAGAUUGUUAGAACCUGCAUACCAUGUCCGCUUUGCAGCAAUAUGCAAACACUAUGGUUCUCUCGCAAAAGAUUACAACCAGUUAAACCGCCUGUUCAACAAGGCUCUACUUCCUCCUCCCAUGCUUUUGAUACUUGAUAAAGAUCGACCAACAUUGGCUACAUUGUGCAGUGUCGUUUCAGAAGGAAGAAUCUAUAAGAAUGUCGAACUGCAUUACAGUACUCAGAGGUGGAGGUGUUGUGGUUCUAGCCAUGGUUGGUUGGCCACUGUAUUGGAUGAUGUCCGAGCGGGUUCGACUAUAGCACUCCGGAACCUUUUCAAGAAACCAUCAACUACUAUUUGUCUCCCUAAAUUGAAAGUAUUUUCUAUCACAAAGGUAGUGUUGUCUGCGGAUCCGACUCUGAACCAAGAUAGCUAUGUCGUUGGAGUGAUACACGGCUACAAAGGGUUGGCUUUCAUCAGAGCAAAUGAACGACAUUGGAUCUGCAUAGAAGAAACAUCUAAUAUCUGGGAUGACAUUAUAUUUUACAAGAGCCAGAUCUAUGCCGUGGGUCGCCGUGGAGAGAUUGUGUCUGUGAAUCUUGAUGGCAACAACCACAAUGUACCAGAAGCAAAGCUACUCACACCUGAAAACCCUUUUCCACAUAUUGAUCGUGAGAGGGCGUAUCUUAACUAUCUUGCCGAGUCAACUAAAGGAGACUUGUUGUGUAUUCAAAGAGUACUAAGUAGAAGCACAAUAUAUGCAAAGCCGAAGAUUAAUGGUUUCAAGGUUUACAAGGUGGUGUUCAGUGACGGAGAUGGCUCCGCUGUUGAGCAGCUACUUGAAACAAGAAGCAUCGGAGAUGAAGCUCUAUUUGUGCAUAACAAAAAUGCAGCUAUCUCUGUAUCGACAUCAAACUUCCCCAAGUGCAAGCCAAAUUCCAUAUACUACACCACGGAUGGUUACUUGAAAUGUCCCAAUGGUAUGAGUACUUUCGUGUUCAAUUUAGAAGAUGGAACUAUCAAACAACCUCACCCUCUCAGUACUAUGCAGAGGAUUGCUCUCAAUACUAUGCAGAGGAAGGACACACUACAAGGUCACUGGAUUAUGCCCUUCUUUUAA